AUGCGGCUGCGACCUUCGCAAGAUGAGGGUUGCAUUGGAUCUGGAAGGGAAAAAAGAAUCGUAAAGGGGCAUGGUGUUCCUGACUUGCGAUGGAACGAUCAGUUGGCUGCACAAGCGCAGGCAUGGGCUGAGCGAGUGGCCCGGCAGGCUCACAUAUCCUAUAAAGAACUUAGUGGAAUUGGAGAGAACAUCACCUUUUUCCCUCGAGAUUUGGACCCUGAAGCAAGUUUGUGUCUACAUUUCUCUGGAUAUUGA